AUGUCACAAUGGCAUAUCGGGUCCAGGCAGGCCAUGGAAAGUGAAGAAGUUGAUAUAGUUGGUGGUAAUGGGACUGUGCUGCAGGAGAGAGCAUUCCCAGCCCAAAGUCAUUCAAAAGGAGAAGCUGUGCCUGAGGAUGAACAGAUCAGUGCUAAGGACCAGAAAACCCUGGAGCCCUGUGAUAACACCCCCAUCAUAGACAAUAUUGCUCCUGUUGUUGCUGGCAUCUCUGCAGAGGAGAAGGAGAAGUAUGAUGAGGAGAUCUCCAGUCUCUACAGACAGCUGGAUGAUAAGCAUGAAGCCAAAAUCAAAUCCCUGACAGACUACAUGCAGAACAUGGAACAGAAGAGGAGGCAGCUGGAAGAGUCCCAAGACUCGCUCAGUGAAGAGCUGGCCAAACUCCGAGCCCAAGAAAAAAUGCACGAAGUCAGCUUCCAGGAUAAGGAGAAGGAGCAUCUGACGCGACUGCAGGACGCGGAAGAGAUGAAGAAGGCCCUGGAGCAGCAGAUGGAGAGCCACCGGGAAGCUCACCAGAAGCAGCUGUCCAGACUUCGGGAUGAAAUCGAGGAGAAGCAGAAAAUCAUCGAUGAGAUUCGGGAUUUGAAUCAGAAGCUGCAACUGGAACAGGAGAAGCUCAGUUCUGAUUAUAACAAGCUGAAGGUAGAGGACCAGGAGAGGGAAAUGAAACUGGAAAAGCUCUUAUUGCUCAAUGAUAAAAGGGAACAAGCCAGAGAGGACCUCAAAGGGCUGGAGGAGACAGUGUCUCGGGAGCUGCAGACUCUGCAUAACCUCCGGAAACUCUUUGUCCAGGAUCUGACUGCCCGGGUUAAAAAGAGUGUGGAGCUGGACAGCGAUGAUGGAGGGGGCAGUGCUGCCCAGAAGCAGAAAAUUUCCUUCCUGGAGAAUAACCUGGAGCAGCUCACGAAGGUUCACAAACAGCUGGUCCGGGACAACGCCGACCUGCGCUGCGAGCUGCCCAAGCUGGAGAAGCGGCUGCGCGCCACGGCGGAGCGCGUCAAGGCCCUGGAGAGCGCACUGAAGGAGGCCAAGGAGAACGCCAUGCGGGACCGCAAGCGCUACCAGCAGGAGGUGGAUCGCAUCAAGGAGGCCGUGCGAGCCAAGAAUAUGGCCAGGAGGGCCCACUCGGCCCAGAUCGCCAAGCCCAUCCGCCCUGGACACUACCCAGCAUCGUCUCCGACGGCCGUCCACACCAUCCGAGGGGGAGGAGGCAGCUCUUCAAACGCCACUCACUACCAGAAAUAAAUACGAAGUCACCUCAGUGA